AUGAAGAAAUCUUUUAAUAACCGCACCAAGGACUUUCACUCUGAAAAAUCAAGCAUUUUCUCAGAUUCCUAUAUUUUCUCAAAGGAGAUAGUAAACAUAAACCCCAAACCUUUCUCAUGUUCUGAAUGUGGAAAAUGUUUUGUCACUAAAGCAGAGCUUGUCCUUCAUCAGAGAACUCACACAGGAGAGAAACCUUUCUCAUGUUCUGAAUGUGGAAAAUGUUUUGUUAGUAAAUCACAGCUUGUCCUUCAUCAGAGAACUCACACAGGAGAGAAACCGUUCUCAUGUUCUGAAUGUGGAAAAUGUUUUGUUAGUAAAUCACAGCUUGUCUGUCAUCAGAGAACUCACACAGGAGAGAAACCUUUCUCAUGUUCUGAAUGUGGAAAAUGUUUUCGGAGACAUUCAACUCUUGUCAAUCAUCAGAGAACUCACACAGGAGAGAAACCGUUCUCAUGUUCUGAAUGUGGAAAAUGUUUUGUCACUAAAGCACGGCUUGUCAAUCAUCAGAGAACUCACACAGGAGAGAAACCGUUCUCAUGUUCUGAAUGUGGAAAAUGUUUUGUCACUAAAGCACGGCUUGUCAAUCAUCAGAGAACUCACACAGGAGAGAAACCGUUCUCAUGUUCUGAAUGUGGAAAAUGUUUUGUCACUAAAGCACGGCUUGUCAAUCAUCAGAGAACUCACACAGGAGAGAAACCGUUCUCAUGUUCUGAAUGUGGAAAAUGUUUUCUUAGUAAAGCAGUUCUUGUCCGUCAUCAGAGAACUCACACAGGAGAGAAACCGUUCUCAUGUUCUGAAUGUGGAAAAUGUUUUCUUAGUAAAGCAGAGCUUGUCCUUCAUCAGAGAACUCACACAGGAGAGACACCGUUCUCAUGUUCUGUAUGUGGAAAAUGUUUUGUUAGUAAAUCACAGCUUGUCCGUCAUCAGAGAACUCACACAGGAGAGAAACCUUUCUCAUGUUCUGAAUGUGGAAAAUGUUUUGUUAGUAAAUCACAGCUUGUCUGUCAUCAGAGAACUCACACAGGAGAGAAACCGUUCUCAUGUUCUGAAUGUGGAAAAUGUUUUCGGAGACAUUCAACUCUUGUCAAUCAUCAGAGAACUCACAUAAGAGAGAAACCGUUCUCAUGUUCUGUAUGUGGAAAAUGUUUUGUCACUAAAGCAGUUCUUGUUCUUCAUCAGAGAACUCACACAGGAGAGAAACCGUUCUCAUGUUCUGAAUGUGGAAAAUGUUUUGUUAGUAAAUCACAGCUUGUCCGUCAUCAGAGAACUCACACAGGAGAGAAACCGUUCUCAUGUUCUGUAUGUGGAAAAUGUUUUGUCACUAAAGCAGUUCUUGUUCUUCAUCAGAGCACUCACACAGGAGAGAAACCGUUUUCGUGUUCUGAAUGUGGAAAAUGUUUUGUCAUUAAAUCACGGUUUGCCAAUCAUCAGAAAACUCACACAGGAGAGAAACCGUUCUCAUGUUCUGAAUGUGGAAAAUGUUUUGUCACUAAAGCAGAGCUUGUCCGUCAUCAGAGAACUCACACAGGAGAGAAACCGUUCUCAUGUUCUGAAUGUGAAAAAUGUUUUGUUAGUAAAUCACAGCUUGUCCGUCAUCAGAGAACUCACACAGGAGAGAAACCUUUCUCAUGUUCUGAAUGUGGAAAAUGUUUUCGGCAACAUUCAAAUCUUGUCAGUCAUCAGAGAACUCACACAGGAGAGAAACCAUUCUCAUGUUCUGAAUGUGGAAAAUGUUUUAGGCACCAUUCAAAUCUUGUCAGUCAUCAGAGAACUCACACAGGAGAGAAACCAUUCUCAUGUUCUGAAUGUGGAAAAUGUUUUCGGCAACAUUCAACUCUUGUCAGUCAUCAGCGAGCUCACACAGGAGAGAAACCGUUCUCACGUUCUGAAUGGGGAAAAUGA